AUGAGCAUAUGUCACCAAGGUGCUGUUGAGCCUCCCCAGUGUCCACGCCAGUGCAAGGCGACUUUACACUGUGGUCGCCAUACCUGUACUGAAAGAUGCUGCCCAGGAGAACAAAAGGCACUUGAGCGUCAAGCGGCACGUCGCAAGCUUAGGCCGCAUCUUCGUCCUGCCGAAGAGGACAUUGAGGCAGAACAUAUCUGCACUCGCAUCUGUGGUCGCACGCUGAAAUGUGGGCGACACGCUUGUCCAGAGCUCUGCCACAAGGGCGCAUGCAAUACCUGCAGAGAGGCCAUCUUUGAAGAGAUUGCGUGUAACUGCGGAAGAUCUGUUCUGUAUCCACCGCAGCCAUGUGGCGCGAAGCCGCCUGCUUGUGACUUCCCUUGCGAACGUCCAAAGGCAUGUGGACAUCCUCAAGCUGCGCAUACUUGCCACACCGAUGAGGAGAACUGCCCCAAGUGUCCAUUCUUGACUGAGAAGGCGUGUCUCUGUGGCAAGCAGGUGCUAAAGAACGUUCCUUGCUGGCUGGCAGAUGCCCGCUGUGGUCAGGUCUGUAAGCAGCCGCUUAAAUGUGGCUCUCACCUCUGCCGGAAGGACUGCCAUCGUCCGGAUGAUUGCGAAGAUGCAACGAAGCCUUGCACUCAGGCAUGUGGUAAGACCAAGACCAUUUGCGGGCACCCUUGCACUGAUCCAUGCCACGCGCCGUACGCAUGCCCUGAGAAGACGCCAUGCUCGGCCAUGCUCACAGUGACAUGUGGCUGUGGACGACUUCGGCAACAAAGACGCUGUAACGCCGCAAAGGCUAUCACAUCUAAGGGCCAGGUACAGUCUCCUCAGCGCCAGCCAGAGCUUACUCCUUUGUCCUGCGACGACGAAUGCACGCGUCUUGAACGGAACCGCUCUUUGGCUUCCGCUCUGGGCAUCGAUAUCAACCAAAGCACCACUGCACAAACCAUCACCGCCGAGAACCUCCCCUACUCGGAAGAGACUCUCAACCAGUACAUCAAACUUGCUUCCUCAGCACCUCUUGCAACCCUUCAAACAUACGAAUCAAACCUUCACUCCUUGGCAACAGCCGACAAAUCAACUCGAUCAUUCCGCUUCCAGCCUGCCAAACCCACUCUCCGUGCAUUUGCACACUCACUCGCAGCAGAUUGGGGCUUCGUGACAGAAAGCCACGACCCAGAACCCCACCGACACGUCUUCGUCCUCAAGCCAGUAGCCUGGACACCUCCCAUGUUCGGCAUGGGAAGCAGCUCCACAAUCGGUAUCGGCGGCAUGAGUGUACGCGAGUGCGUCAAGCUCCGCGAGCGGGAGCGCACCAAGGAGCAAGAGGCUCGACGAGUUGCCGCCCUUGAAGCAAAGGCGGCCCGUGAAUCUAUCAAGGCACAGGCUAAUGCUGGAGAUGGCUGGGCUCAAGUGGCUUCGAGAAGCAAAGGUGGCAGCGGUGCUAGCACGAGGAGCAGCACACCUCUCCAGAGCUCAUUUGUGAGCAAGUCUAUUUACUCUGCUCUCGAUGCUGAUGGAGGUGCUAAGAAGGAGCGCUUGGUCCUUCGCUCUGGGGUUGGUGCUGGCAAGUCUCUGCGUGCGAAGCAGCCUGCUCCGGAGGUUGUUGAUAAUUGGGAAGAUGCCGAAGAAGCGGCUGAAGAGAAAGAGGAGCAGUUGGAGGUGGGACGGGGGCAGGAGACGGUUACUCAUGAGGACCCUCAGGGCAAACCUGAGGCCGAGGCCGAAUCCGAUGCUCCCAAGGAAGAUGACCCCACCCAAGCUGAGGAAGCUUCAUCCGCUACAGAUGUGGCUGUUUAG